AAAAAAGUUUGAAAGUUCAGAAAUGGUUGUUAUUAUUUUUUCUUGUUCUUGUUGGUUAAUGGUUGAAAAACGAAUGUGAUAUAACUAAAAUUUUCAAACAAUGUUAUGGCCUAAUGUUGAGACCUUAGAUUAUUAUCAUGGUCGUUUGGAUCGCUUACAAGCGGAAAAAUUUCUCACUCAUGAUGGACAAUUUUUACUUCGUUAUACCGUACAACGAGUGAAUGAUAAUGAACAAAAAUUAUUGGUUCUAUCCUGUCAACAUCGUAAUCAACAUUUACAUUUUAUAAUUCAUGAAAUCAUCACUCAAGAUGUUGGAUGUCGAAGAUUUUAUUUUGAAAAUAAAUCAUUCGCAUUGGUGUCCGAUUUAAUUAGCUACUAUGUGAUUAAUCGUAUUCCAAUAACCAUCGAAUCCGGUGCUAUCAUUAUUGAGCCGAUUGAUUGUCGUUUAGAUUGCCGAAUGAUCACAGCAAUUCAAUUGAAUGAAUCAAAUAAUAAUCAAUCGACAUCGACAUCGAUUAUCAAUGUUUUACUUGAACAUGAUGCUGAAUUUUUGGCCAAACAACUACUCAAAAGUAAUAUUCGAUUCAUAAUGAAUAAAUGUAAAGUUGCCGGAAUAAAUGAAUCAAUUUGUUCGGGUCUUGAAUUGAUGUUGUUACCCGAAGGAACACAGCUUCGAAAAGAUCUAAUUAUUCGACAUGAAUGUCUUAAAUAUUUUGUUAUAACAACUAUUCUAAAACAAACCGAUCAAUCCAAACAAUUGGAAUUGAUACGAAAAUGGAUGGAAAUUGCCGAACGAUUAGAGAAUAGCAUACAUGAUCAUUUUGGUUUCGGUUCAAUUAUGUUUGGUCUUUGUUUUCCACGAAUUCAGGAUUCAACAAUGUGGAAAAUUUUUGGACAGAAAUAUGGUGAAAAUAUUCGCAUAUUCGAAAAUAGUCUUCGUAUUAGAUUCACCAAUUAUCUGAACAAUUCACGAAUUUCAUCAUCAUCCAAUACAUGUUUGCCGUUUAUUAUUCAACUUUGCCAUAUUAUUGAAUAUUCACAUAUUGUCGAUACUAAUUUUUUGCCCAAAUUUAUUGAUGCAAAAUUUGAUCAAUCAUCACUUUUGGAAUUUGAUAAACAAAUUGGCCUGAAUAACUUUGGUUUGGAAGAUAUAAUCGAACUAACUGAACUAAGUGAUCAAAUUAUUAAAAAUCUUGAACAAUUCGAUCAUAAUUUUCAAUCAAUAAUUUUCCGAUCAACUUCCAAACAUCAACAAGUGGAUACAAAUGUUGAUCAAUUAUUUCGUACAGAUUUUCAUGUACGAUUUUUAUUUGAAAAUAAACAUCAACAUCGAUCGAUAAAUGAAAAAAUUAAACUAAAUUCCGAAGAUUUUUAUCGUCUAGAAUCAAGUUUGAAUGAUGAUCAUCAAUUUGUUGGUUGUAUGAAAUCAAGAAAUUUUAUUUUAUAAGUUUUAAUGAAUGAAUGAAUGAAUGAAUACUUUUUAUGUGUUUGUGAAUGGGUGGGUAUUUGUGAUUGAUG